UUUAAUGCACGAAUUUUCCUUCCUUGUAUUCACUGGUCUAGUCGGCUUGUUCAGUCUAUUCAUUUGGAAGUACGUGCCAGAAACGAAGAAUAAGACAUUGAUGGAGGUGUAUGUCGAGAUGGACCGUCGUAGGGGAAUCCAGCGUGAUUGGCAUAAUAAUAUUCAAGCGGAGCCUGAGAAGACUAAAUCGAAUACUAAAAUGAAUAAAGUACCUGAGAAUACUAAAACUAAGGAUAAGAAAAUAUAUGAUAAUUUCUAA